GAGCCCCUGCUGCCCCAUAGCCCCGCUAGAAGGGGGAGGUGGAGGGGGAGCUGUCGGUAUGUUGACCCAGGAGGUGCAGGGCACGCUGAGAGCACAUCCAGAAGGGCACUGGGGUCCCCAUCCUGCUGAUCAGAGGAAAACCAGGACGUGGGAGCAGGUCCCAGGGCUCCCCCUCGGCCAUCUCGAUGGAUGCAGCAGGAGGUGAGCGUGAGGACACCCAUCUCCUGCGGCCCCAGCUGAAAACGAGGCCUGGAGCUCGCGUUGCUCACGUUGCUCAUGUUUCUGGGCUCUUGGGCCCUCCCACCACAGCCACCCAUCCCCAUCGGCAGCUCCCUCACCCCCAGCUUGGCAAAGCUCUGCAGAGAAAAGGGAGAGGGACGGCGACAGCGGCUCCGUCCAAACCAGGCUGCCCGCACGGGAGGGACAGGAGGAAGCCUUGGACACCGCGGCCAUGCUCAGCAGCUUGCAAAAACACAGGCUCCAAAUUUGGAAGGCAGCUCAGUUUCCAAAUACCACCACGAACUGAAAAACUCACCUCAAAACGAAACCAGCCCUGGCCCUUUGGUUCAAAGUUUCCUGUAUACGACCAAACCUGCCAGACGGCUGCAUUUGCACACAAAAGGGUUUGUUUUCGGGGAGAAAGGUCUCCUUUUUGGAAGAGUAAACACAAGACCUCCAUGCCCGCAGGCAGGAGGCUUGCCUGGCAGCUCGGGGCGAAGGCAGGGCAAGGUCCCGUCUUGUUUCCUGGCUGCUUUCCCUCCUGCUCGUCCCCCUGCCAGCACCACCACCACCGCACCGAGCCGCCAACCAGCCCACCCCACAAAGAGCUGGACCCCGGCGGGCUCCGUUUCGCACCCGUCCCCAUAGUGGGGUCACCCCAGAGGCUCCCAGGGCAUGGAGGACGGGGCAGGACGGGGCUGUGCGAGGGCAGAGCUGGUCCUUACGUGAUGGGAGCACCUCCUGUGCGCAGCUCGCCCCACAGCACGGCGGUGCCGUGUCCCCGUGCAGCACCCAGGGGUGCUCCCUCCCCGCUGCGCGGCUGCUGCUUUGGCAGCAGUUCCCUCUGCAGCUCCUUGGCUUCUCCCUGGCAGCACCCAGAGCCAAACACAACACGAGCCUUCCUCUCCGGCUGCCAGCAGAGCCUGCUGCUCUCCGUUUCCAGCCCCCAAAGGCAGGCAGAUCUGCUUUUCAUAGGGAUCCCCACCCCGAGUCCUGCUGCACCCCCAUCCCCAAGACCCCCUCCCCAGCCAGGCGCACGUUUGGGGCUGGCACAGCUCCAGCCUGGCUGGUCCCCAGGCUGCUUUUACCCAUCCCAGCAGGCAGAGGCACUUCACUUUCUCCCUCCCAGAAGCUGUUUCUUGGGAUAUUUCUUGGACACGGUGCCGGGCUCGCAGCUGGCAGCUGUGAAGGGUUUGCUGGCAGCUUUGCCCCACCCGGUGGGUGCUGCAAUUCUGGAGCAGGGGUGAGGCGGUCGCAGGGGAAUGAUGCCCAGUCGGUUCCUCCACCACUGCCUGCUGGAUAUUUUCCUCCAGAGCCCUGAGAAGUCUCUGUCCCCUCAGCCCGAGCUCCUGCUGCUUGACUCAGGAGCGUUGGAGCAUCCCCAGGCUCUCGCGGAGCCACGCGGAGCCCAGCCCUGCUUGCCCGGUGGUUCCCCACGAUGUCCCCAUGGAGGUGACCAACCCGCCUUGGGUGGCGGCAUGGUGUGGAGAGCCCGGCCACAUCCAAAGCUCUGGCAGAAGCUAUUUUCACCUCCGAGCGGAGACACCCUGCUCUGCCUCAGUUUACCAUCCGCGCGUGGGGAAGCGGAGCAGCUCCGCUGCUGGAGGGGAGGGCGGAGAGCAGGCGGGAUGCCGGCACGGGGCGGCAGGGUGCUGUGCCGAGCCUCCUCGUCACCCCUGGCCUCUCAUUAGCAGCGAGCUCGGCAUCUGGGCCGCCACGCCACGCUGUCCUGCUUCUGCCGUGGGUGCUGAGGCCGGGCUGGGCUGGCUGGGGGGGGGUCUGGGACUGCCCCAGGGCUCGGGGGCACCAGGCAGGCUGCUGCUCGCCUCGAGCCGCUUGGCGGGGAGAGCCUAAAACAACAAACAUUGCAGAAUAAGGGAACGUCUCGCUGCGUUUUCCCGGUCAAAAUGUUUUCCUGUUUUCUGAGCAGCUCUUCCAGCUCCACUAGGGCAGAGGACUCGUCCCGCAGCAGACCCUCGGCAGGGAGGCAAGAGAGCAGGGGA